UGUCUAUGAGGUCAAAGUUGACUUGCUCAAAAUUUGAUACCAGUUUAAUAUUGUCUCAAGUAUCUGACUGGUUUAGCUUAGUUGGUUUUCAUCUCUGCAGGCCUUGAAUAUUAGAAAUCUUUGGGAGUCUGUGCUUUGCUUUGUUUGUAUUGUAUUGUCUAAUAAGAAAGAUUGUGAGUAAUUUUAGUUGCCUUUGUGAAGCACUAAUAUAUUGUGCAUGCUUUGUCGGCCAUCCCAGCCUCACUAUCUCUCUCUCUGAUUCAUAUCAUCCUUGUCAUUCACACAGUGGGAUCAUGCUAAUCAUUUUGCAGGGGGACAAAAUGAAUACUGGGCUUUCUUAGGUCUUUAAGAUCAUGAUUAUUUUCUAGAAAGGUGGCAACUCAGAGGAAGGAGAAGUUCACCAUGUUCAAUAAUGUACCACUCUGAACAAUCAGAACCCAAUGAUUUUUCCCAGUAAAUUUUCUUUUUCUGGAAAAGUGAAGUAUAUUCCUUGUUGGUUUCUAGAGAACUGGUUGGCUCUCUUUGAUGGCUUCCUUUUGUUUUCCAUUCUUGAUCAUCAACUUGAGGUAUGUAAGAUAAUUGCUUCCUCAUGUAGUUUGGUAUGCGUCUGUCUUUAUGAGCCUUUGCUUUGUCCUUCUUCAUGUUUCUUUGUGCCCUUGCACUAUAAAUUCUCACUAAGGAUUAUUUGGAAAUCUUCAUUGGAAGUUUUUUCUUCAGCUGGUGAUCUGUCUUGAGUGCUAGAACUAGGGUGCUUGUUUUCAGUUUCACUUUAUCUUCAUGGCCAAAAUAUCACUGGGUUUGCUAUUUAGUACUGUUGCUCUUGUUGCUGCCCUUAUGGUUUAUGAGUCUGAGGGGCUCAAUGAUGAGGGUCGAUACCUUCUAGAGAUAAAGAGUAGAAUUGUUGACGGAUUUGGCCAUCUUAGUAGUUGGAAUUCCAGUGAAUCAACACCUUGUGGAUGGAUGGGAGUGGAGUGCAGCAAAGGAUUGUAUCCGGUGGUUUUGCGUAUUGACUUGAGUUCCAUGAAUCUUUCGGGUUCUUUAUCUCCAAGCAUUGGUAGAAUGAUUCACCUGAAUUAUCUUGACAUUUCUCACAAUGAUUUGUCAGGGAGUAUACCUGAAGACAUUGGGAAUUGUUCCUAUUUGCAGGUUCUCAAUUUAAACAACAAUAAGUUUGAAGGUCAAAUUCCAAGAUUGGGUAGACUUUCUUACUUAGAAGUCUUGAAUGUGUGCAACAAUAGACUAUCAGGGCCUUUCCCAGAUGAACUUGGAAAUCUUUCUUCCCUGUCGCUACUGAUUGCAUACACUAAUAAUCUCAGUGGACCACUGCCACGUUCUAUUGGUAAUCUCAAAAAAUUGAAGAUUUUCCGGGCAGGGAACAACUCAAUAACAGGAAGCUUACCUUCGGAAAUUGGUGGAUGUGAAAGCUUGGAGUAUCUUGGUCUAGCUCAAAAUGAGCUAAGUGGAGAGAUUCCGGAAGAGAUUGGAAUGCUCGAGAAUUUGAGUAAUCUAAAUCUUUGUGAAAAUCUGCUUUCUGGUGUCAUUCCAAAGGAGCUUGGCAACUGUACAAAUUUGAAAAUGGUGGCCCUCUACAAGAACAAGCUUGAAGGAGAGAUACCAAAGGAGCUUGGUUGUCUUGUAUCUCUACAGAAGCUAUAUGUGUACAGAAAUAUGCUGAACGGGACAGUUCCAAGAGAGAUUGGUAAUCUUUCUCUCGCUACGGAGAUUGAUUUUUCUGAGAACUUGUUGUCUGGAGAGAUACCAGUUGAGCUCAGUAAGAUAUCAGGGUUGCAGUUGCUUCAUCUUUUCGAGAACCAACUCACAGGUGUUAUUCCAGAGGAGCUCACAAGCUUGACAAACCUGACAAAGCUGGACCUCUCUAUAAAUCAUCUCACUGGUUCAAUUCCAACUGGAUUUCAAUACAUGAAUGAGCUGAUCAUGCUACAGUUGUAUAACAAUAUGUUGAGUGGCAUAAUUCCUCAAGGACUUGGAGUGUAUAGCCCCCUUUGGGUGGUUGACUUAUCCGAGAACUUACUGACAGGAAGAAUUCCUCGUCACGUCUGCAGAUAUUCAAAUCUCAUUCUGUUAAACUUGGGAUCCAACAGGCUAACUGGUAAUAUUCCAGCGGGGGUCACGAGCUGCAAGUCAUUGGUGCAGCUUCGUCUAGUGGGAAACAACCUUACAGGGACUCUUCCAACUGAAAUGUGCAAAUUGGUUAACCUUUCUGCAGUUGAGUUGGAUCAGAACAAGUUCAGCGGUGCCAUUCCUCCAGCAAUUGGUAACUGCAGAACUUUGCAAAGACUGCACCUUGCAAACAACUACUUUACAUCUGAGUUGCCAAGAGAGAUUGGUAACCUCUUGCAGUUGGUGAUCUUCAAUAUAUCAUCAAAUUUGCUUUCUGGAAGGAUACCGACUGAAAUUUUCGGUUGUAAAAUGCUGCAACGGCUUGAUCUGAGCAGUAACAACUUUACAGAUGUCUUGCCAAGUGAGGUAGGAGCACUUUCUCAGUUGGAGCUUCUCAGGCUUUCCAAUAACAAUCUUUCUGGGGAUAUCCCAGUUGCACUGGGAAAGCUGUUGCGUUUGACUGAGCUACAAAUGGGUGGCAACUUGUUCUCAGGGGGUAUACCACCAGAGUUGGGUGCCCUUUUAAGUCUCCAGAUCGGAUUAAAUCUCAGUUAUAACAAUCUUUCUGGGGAGAUACCUCCUCCUCUUGGAAAUCUUAUUUUACUGGAAAUGCUUUUACUCAAUAACAAUCAUUUGACUGGUGAAAUUCCAGGUUCUUUUGAGAACCUGUCGAGUUUAGUUGACUGCAAUGUUUCAUACAAUAACUUGAUAGGAUCUAUUCCUUCUGUGCCACUCUUUCAGAAUAUGGCUGUCAGCAGCUUCAUUGGGAACAAAGGACUUUGUGGUGGCCCUCUUGGUUCUUGUCAAACAAGUUCACCCUCUUUUCCUGAAGACAUGCCAAACAGAAGAACCCGCUUAGGGAAGAUUAUUGCUAUUGUUGCAGCAGCCAUUGGUGGUGUUUCGCUUAUCUUAAUCGUAGUCAUUAUAUAUUUAAUGAGACUUCCGGUAAACAAUGUAGCAAUUUCUGUGCAAGAAAAACCACUCUCUUCUCCAGUUCUGGACGUGUACUUUUCGCCAAAGGCAGGAUUCACUUUCCAAGACUUGGUUGUGGCAACUGAAAACUUUGACGAGAGCUUUGCAAUUGGAAGGGGAGCUUCUGGAACUGUGUAUAAAGCUGUCUUGUUUCACGGUCAUACAGUUGCUGUCAAGAAGGUAAUAUCCAACAGGGAAGGAAACAAUGUGGAUGGUAGCUUUCAGGCAGAGAUUCAAACUUUAGGAAACAUCAGGCAUCGAAAUAUCGUGAAGCUGCAUGGUUUCUGCUACCACCAGGGUUCCAAUCUUCUGCUUUAUGAGUACAUGGCAAGGGGAAGCUUAGGAGAGUUGCUUCAUAGAAAAUCUUGUAACCUUGAUUGGCGAACGAGGUUCAAUAUUGCUCUUGGAGCUGCCCAAGGUCUCUCUUAUCUGCAUCAUGAUUGCAAACCUCGGAUCUUUCACCGUGAUAUAAAGUCCAACAACAUUCUCCUUGAUGAAAAGUUUGAAGCUCGUGUUGGAGACUUUGGGUUGGCAAAGGUGAUUGACAUGCCAUAUUCCAAGUCCAUGUCUGCGGUUGCAGGUUCCUAUGGAUACAUUGCUCCCGAAUAUGCAUACACCAUGAAAGUCACAGAAAAAUGUGACAUCUACAGCUAUGGUGUGGUCCUUCUGGAGUUGCUGACUGGCAAAACACCAGUUCAAUCGAUUGACGAAGGCGGUGACCUGGUAACUUGGGUAAGAAACUACAUUCUCAAGAACUCACUGUCAUCAGGAGUCCUCGAUGAUCGAUUAAAUUUUCAUGAAGACGAAGAUGAAGCUGAAGCUGAAGCUGAAGCUGAAGCUGCUGCCACUGUCUCUCACAUGCUUACAGUACUGAAAAUUGCUUUGUUGUGCACAAGCACGUCUCCUUUUGACCGCCCGACCAUGAGGGAAGUUGUUUCCAUGCUAAUUGGGUCGAACGAGAGAGUAAUAGUACAAUUUGCUAAUGCUUCUCCAAGUGAUAUUGAUACAAAUUCGUCUUGUUAAGUUGAUAUUCCGAUAUCUAAUUGUGUAGGCAUUUUAAUCAGUAUAUAUGUAUUCAUCCAUGUACAAUCAGAAACUUCCCUUAGUACCCUGUACAUACCUAAUGAUGGUUCUCAUGCAUCCCAUGAU